ACUUGCUGAAGGUUUUGAUGUCGAUGCCCCGUGUAUAUUUGACGCCCAGUCUGAAAUCAAAUAGUGAUUUAAUAAAGUUUCUCGUUUGACAUUUUGUCAAAUGGAGCAAAACAAAGAAAUGGUUGACGUGCGUUACGUAAUGAGAUCGGAAUGCUGCCCAUGUCGGUGUUGAAACCUUCCACUGCCACAUGAAACACCUGUUAACAGGAGAUUAGGUAUGAUGGGAGAAGGUUGGAUUUGAAUAUUCUGUCUCGUGUUCCGUUAGCUUCUAUUUCUCAAGAUUGCUGUCACAACGAUAAUUGGUUUGUUCAUAAAAUAUCCAAAAUCAUAUCGCAGAGCCAAGAUGCGCACUUGUUCUGUUACCUAUAGCGUUAUAUGUACUGUCCACAUUUCAUGGAAUUUAAAAAAGGCACACUCGUUGGUCAGAAAGCUAAACCUUUCGAUGCUUACUUGUUAAAACUCAUUUGUACGAUAUGAACACUUGCGUGUGGAAGGACUUCGUUCUCGGGUAUGGGUAAAAAAUGACGAGAGUUUGGCGUGGUAAGGGAGCCUCAUGUGUGACCUGGCCAAAAUGUCAAGGGCAGUGACUUUGCGCAGGUGACAGUACGGACGUCAUGCUCUGCGUUUUGUCUUGAACAACAAUAAACAGUUGAAGUCCAUAAUAGUACAACACUUGUGUUCUCCGUCCUGACGUGAGACACUGUCAUAGCGACCCUACGAUCACCGCCCAGGUGCAAUCGGAGUCUCCUCGGAAAACAAGAGCCCCGUUGAUGUCUGUCUCCUGAGAAAGGCGCAGGCUUGUUUGGAAACUUGUCACCUGUUAAAGAGUCUUAUCCCCGGGCUUUUCUGGGUCUGUGGAGUUAAUCUCUUUUUACCUGGACCAAAAGCUGACCACUUUGGGAUGGGAAGACCUGUCUUUAUACGAACAUACCGACAGGAUAAGUUCGGAAGUGGCUCAUCACCACCACACAAAGGUUGUAUAAACAAACCCGACUUCUAAAGAAUUCUCAUCAACAGGAGGGACAUUUUUACCAGCCUGGCUCCACCCAGGCAAUUUACCUGCCGUUGGACCAAGAACUGGAUGUUGUGCAGCAAGUGUUGUGGCAUUCGCUGAACGUGUCGAUGGUGCAAAAGUGCGCCCGGGAGAGCUGUACGUCAUGAUUGAUGCUCAUAUCUCCCGUGUUGGGUGUCGCUAACUGUUUGGCUGGAGUUGUACAUCUGCGGUGUCAAUCAGUCAUAACUGUUGUAUCCUCACUCAUCAAGCGUCAUACCACACAUCACCCGGACUGAAAUUCCAGGGUGUCAAAGACAGAAGAGGGGACAACAACAUCGGCCAUGAGCACGGCAUGAGGGCCGUACUGGUGACGUGGGUCCUGCUGGGCUGCACCCUGGCACACGCGGACGAGGAUGCCGACAGCGCUGGUGUCCAAGAGGGGGCCAGGUUCCAGCGCAGAAUGUUGAACAUUCUCGGCUUUCGUGAACGGCCGCAGCCGUCAUCGCUACAGCGGGCCCCAGACUUUAUGCUGGAACUGUACCGAAGAGUGACAAGCAGCCAGCGGACCAUGAAGACGUCCUCCGGCUCUUGUACCUUCUCCGACCCCCACAUCCGAGGCAACAUCGUCCGCAGCAUUGCCGAAAAUGGUUGGUCUGUUUCCCCCGGACCGGAAGACGAGGAUGUGUGCUUUCGCCGGCGACUGGUCUUCAACAUGUCCAGCAUUCAGUCUCAAGAGAGAAUAAAAGGUGCGGAGCUGCGCUUGUCUCUACCCAUCUCUUCGCACUCGUGGCUGCAAGUUCACCAAGGAUACAGCAUCAAGAUUUAUCACGUCGCGUCGGACACGAGUGGCCGAAUAGACGUGACGGCCCUGACGCCAGUGGAUGGGUUCAGCGUACACCACAGGCGCAGUGUCAUCGUUCGUUCGGACGUGAUGAAGGUCGUCCUACCGUGGCAAACCGAAGGCAAGGACGCAGUCGAGUUUCUGGUAACCAUAACUCUGAAGGACUACAAGAAAGGCUACGCGUGCCCGACGUUCGACAACCUUCAUGCUAGUCUUAUUAUAUUUUCGUCGGACCGUCGUCAUUGUCGAUCAAAACGGGAGCUGAGCAAUGAGAACGCCGACCCUAACGGCAUGCCGCCGUCGGCCCUGACGGAGGAACAGCUGGAGGUCUGUCGUCGACUGCAUCUGUACGUGGACUUCCGUGAAGUUGGCUGGCAGGACUGGAUCAUCGCGCCGCCUGGGUACCACGCGUACUACUGUGCGGGGGACUGCCCGUUUCCUCUAAACGAGAAACUAAACGGUACCAACCACGCCAUCAUCCAGACCCUGGUGAACACCGUGGCCCCGGCCGCCGUGCCCCGGCCGUGCUGCGCCCCAACCGCGCUGUCCGCCAUCUCCAUGCUGUACUUCGAUGAGAGCGGCAACGUUGUGUUACGUCAGUACGAGGACAUGGUGGUGGAGGGAUGCGGCUGUAGGUGGCGUGACGUGAGUACGACAGCUCUGGUUUCAGUCGUCCCCACAUGGAGUUCACUACGCCAGCGAGAGGGCUGUCCCCACGGCGCAGUCGGGCCAUGUUCGGGGUACGCGCCGCUUAGUACACAACCAGCCUGCGGCAACCCUCCUCCUGCUGUGCUCGCAAAGUCUGCGAGCGGGACAUCGCGACCGGCGGAGCGUUCGUUGUCCCUUUCCAAGAGUCGUGUCGGCUGCUUAAUUUUAAGGGGCUUUUGUAAGCUUUGUAUUGGAAGUGUCCUUUGGGCAUGCUGUGAUUUUGCGCUGGGGGAGCGGGCCGCAAUCCAGCAGGAAUGUGGCAGAAGGGUCCACGACCCCUCGCUCGCCAUCAGAGGCACCAUGAUUCCUGGUAACCGAUCGCUGCUGGUGCUGACUCUGUGCUACAUUCUGCUUGGUGGAAGGGCCGACCUUAUUCCUGAUGCCGGGAGGAGGAAUCUAGCCAAGCAGGCAGCGGCGUACAGCCCCGAUAAGAUCGACAAAAACGAUGACAUGAUUCGGGCGUUCGAGUCAAGUCUGCUCAACAUGUUCGGAUUAAACGAGCGACCACGGCCCCGGAAGAACCUGGUGAUUCCUCCCUACAUGUUGGAGUUGUACCUCAGCCAGACGAAAGACCCUGAAAACCCCAGUGUCAACUUCAACUUUGCGGGAAAGUCAACAAGUACUGCCAACACCGUGCGUAGUUUCCACCAUGAAGAAGAAUCGGAGGCAGGGCAGCCGGUGUGGGAGGGCGACGACGAGAUCGACCGGCGAUUAUGGUUCAACACAAGUGCCGUCCCCAGCGUGGAACUUAUAAAGGCGGCCGAGUUACGCUUGUUUCGGGAACAGAUCGAUGUUGAUCACGUUCAGUACGGAGACUCCACGGACCACCACUUGUACCGAGUAAACGUGUACGAGGUAAUGAGACCGAACAGUAGGACUAACACGGAUACCAUAACGCGGCUUCUGGAUACCAAAUUGGUGGAUGUUCGUAAUUCGUCGUGGGAAUCCUUUGAUGUCCGGUCGGCUGUUACUAAGUGGAAGAAUUCCCCGGAGCGAAACUACGGGUUGGAGGUCGAAGUGGUGUCUCCAAAGCGCGGGGCCCUAUCAAACCACCACGUACGGUUACGACGGUCUACAGACAUGGACGACCACUCGUGGCAGCACCGCAGACCGCUGCUGCUCACGUACACGGAUGACGGCAAAGGUUCCAGUAACAGUAAUAGGGUCGCCUCCAGGCAAAAACGCGCCAAUGGAAGAAAAAAACAGCGGCGGAGACUCAAAGCCAACUGCAGGAGACAUUCGUUGUAUGUUGACUUCAGUGAUGUUGGCUGGAAUGACUGGAUUGUAGCUCCACCUGGCUACCAGGCCUACUACUGCCACGGGGAAUGCCCCUUUCCCCUCGCAGAUCACCUCAAUUCCACAAACCAUGCAAUAGUUCAAACUCUAGUCAACUCCGUAAAUCCUCUCGCAGUGCCCAAGGCCUGCUGUGUGCCUACAGAUCUCAGUCCUAUUAGUAUGCUAUAUUUGAACGAAAAUGAUCAAGUUGUUCUCAAAAACUACCAGGACAUGGUCGUGGAAGGAUGCGGGUGCCGUUAGAUAGUAGCAAGAACGUUAAAAGUCACCUAUCGGUAGUUCAUAUUGGAAAAAAGAACGUUGUAAAAUGGCUUGUAAAACCAUUUCAACACACCACAAGAGGAACACUGUCAUAUUUUUAAAUAAGAGGAAGUAUUUAUCUUUUUUUACAAGAGCGGAGCUUGCUUUGGAUAUAGUCACCGCUGACAUGGAGCCAGAAAACGGGCCUUGACCCUGAUGUAAUUUUAGAUGUACAUGUUUUCGAAUUUUGGAAGAUUUUCAUUGAGGGGAAUUCGUCCAAUGUUGUGAAGAAGGGGGGAGGGCAGAACAGCAAUCUGUGUAUAUUUAUUAUUGAACCAACGUUUCCGUUCAUAAUCAGUAAACUAGAGCACCUAAAUGUGAUAUUUAAAUGUAAUCAAAUGUGCCCAGAAUAUAGGGAAAUUUGUACAGAAUUAAAUGUAUAUGUUUUCAUAUUCUAUAAACAUUUCAUAUGUGCUAUAUUUUGUUGUAAAUGUAGAAGUUUUCAAAUACAUUUUAUACCAUAGUUUUGACACAUUCCGUUCCUGUAGUUAUGCCCCCCGUUUUGAAAGUGUUCUGUUACUUCUACCACAUAUAGACAUAGGUCUGAUAGCUGUGCACAACGUUUGUUCAUUUGACAAAGUUUUUUGUUCGCGUUCAAAUCCCACCUCAGGAUUAAAGUGUAUGUUAAAAUUGUA